ACCACACGACGACCCAGCAGCUCCAGACAACGUAAACAACUGUCAUGGCGCUCCGCGGCUGUCUCGCAUGUUUACGGGCAUCACAAAUAUCGAGAUUGACGUCACCGUUUGCUUGGGGUUCACGAUGUCGUUCGUCGGUGUGUGGAAUUUAUCCCCGCUAUCUCUCUGCGGUAGUAGCAAUAAAUAGUCUUUCUCGAUUAGACCAGUGUAAUGGUCGUCUUCAGGCACACUCGGAAAAAGUCCAAACCAUUUGGAGAAGGUUCUCGAGUGAGGCUGUUGGGAAAAUCCAGUCAAUACACUACUACCUGGUGUACACAUGCAAGGUGUGCACCACCAGAUCCAGGCAGAAAAUCUCCAAGCAGGCGUAUCAUAAUGGUGUCGUGAUUGUGACGUGUCCGGGAUGCAAGAAUCACCACAUUAUCUCUGACAACCUGGGCUGGUUCUCCGAUCUGGAAGGGAAGAGGAACAUCGAGGAGAUACUGGCCGCCAAAGGAGAGACGGUGAGGCGGCUGGGAGGAAGUGAUGCUCUUGAGGUCGUCCUGAACGACUCGAGCCAGGAGAAAUGUCCUCAACAGGAAACGUCAAACAAGAAGGAUUUGAAGGAAGAUACAUGAAUGCAUGCCCCAUCGAGUGAGAUGGUUAUUUUCCACAGUGGUUGUCAUUUGGAUGGCGGCUGGGGUGGAGUCUAUUCCAGUCCAUUCACAUAUUUAGAGUCUUUAUUUAAUUUUACGUGUAUGUUUUUGGUAUGGGAAGAAGCCAAAGAGAAUCCACAAGUGCAUGGAAACUGAUGUAAACUCCAGAUCUGGAUCAGAACACAACAACUAUGAGGUAGACGGGCUCACCACAAGUUCACUAUGCUGACUAGGAACAACACAGCAUAACAAAAUCAGAAAUAAAAUCAAAUUAUUAAUCCAAAACAGUCACUGCAAUUGCAUUUAUUUUUAUAGAAGUGUUGAUGUUUCCAUUGUUUAACACGUUACCAAAUAUAAAUCCUAUAUAAGAGCAUUAA